AUGAAAAGAGUCAACGGAGGAUGGUCGCCUUGGUCACCGUGGACAGACUGUCGAUGUCCGGGAGCAACCCUUUCAGCUGGGAAGCAGAGUACUCGCACUUGCACGAAUCCACCGCCCAGCAAUGGGGGUAAGCCCUGUCAAGGGAUCAGCGUUAGGAAGACGAAAGACUGCGUACCGUGUCCGCAAGAAGAGCUGGUGUUGGACACUGCUUACGACUAUGACAUGUACGAUAACGUGUACGGUAAGCUGCUUCUGUGCUAG